AUGGAAACCGUCCUCGUCAUCGGCGCAACAGGCAACAUUGGCGUCUCCGCCGUGAAAGGUGCCCUAAACUCCGGACGAAACGUUCUCGCUGUCGUCCGCAACCAGGCUUCGGCUGAUAAGCUCGUUCGGCAUAUCGGAUCGGAUGAGGGGAUCACCUUUGUCGAGGCGAGCGUUACCGCCGACGAUGGGGUACAGGGUGUUGUGGAUAGAGUCCGGGCAGGCGAAUUGCCGGGGUUUCAGCAUGUUUAUUCAUGUGUCGGCGGCGAGUACAUCACUCUCCCGAUGACGGACAUCACAACCGAACGGCUGCGCGCCAAUAUGACCGCCAUGUUCGAGGCUGCGUUCUUCGCCUACCGCGCCACCCUCCCCUACCUCUUAUCCCAACAAAACCCCACAACAUGGACCCUCUGUACAGGCGCGCAGGGCGACAUCGGCACGCACGCUCUUCCAGCCAUGUCUCAAGGCGCCCUCUUCUCCUUCGCGACAGCCGCCUGUCGCGAGACCGCCGAGACGAAUGUGCGCUUCAACGAGGUAUACCUCGCGCUACGGGUUGAGGUGGAUGAGGAUGCAAAGGCGCAUGGGGUGACGAGUGCGUCGGAGUUUGCGGGUGUGUACGAGGCAGUUCUGGGCAGGGAGGAAAUUCGCAGUUCGAGGGUUUGGGUCGAGAAGGUGGAGGAUUUGAGAAACGUUAGGUUUACGAGGAAGUUCUGA